AGGUCACAUUUUGGAGUCAUGAAAGCCAAAAAUGCCAUAUACGAAAGAGGUCUUCCACAAUUCAACUCAGGACAUUUGGACUCAAAAUGCUCUUUGUUGAGAAUAUUUUAGAGACACUAUUUGGACACUGAUACAACCAUAAAACCAGAACAAAAGUGGAUUUAUCUGAGGAAUGAAGAUUUGACUGAGGAGGAGAGUUUCUAACUGUGUAGAGUAUCAAUCAAACAUCAGAAUGAAGCCACUGGACACUAUGUUUAAGAUUGAGGCUUUCUCUCCUUUCUCAUUCCAAAAUGGAUGUUGGAGUGACCCCGAGACGGCACAACCCCGUGGACAGCAUAUGCCGCAAGCUUCAGACCAUCCAGCGGCGAGAUCAAGAGGUUAACUCGCCCUUUCAAAUUCCUAAGUUUCAGUCUAGCAGCUACGACAGCCCUCACUCGGGGCUGCGCCUCAACCUGGAGGCCAUCCUGAAGAAACGUACUGUCCGAUCGGACGGAGAGACUGAAUGCGAUUCCGCUGCGGACAUGGUGACCCCCACAGCUUCCCCCAGACCGGGGUCAUCCUCCAACACCCCUUAUGCUUCCAUCACCCCUACCAAUGCCACCUAUACCAUCACCAGCAUGCUGGGCACGCUUGGGGAGAGGAGAACCACAGCCACGUACAGCCGGCCAUUUCGGCGCAACUGCUCCACCCCAGCAGGUCAGACUGGGGACAAUUAUUUCAACUUUACCCCACGCUACUCCACACAAACCCAGUUAGAGGGACCCGACACAGAGCUGAAGACUUCGAAGAUCCCAAAUUCCGGCUUGUUCUCGUAUAACCUGAACUUCUCUUCAGAUAUUUCUAACAUGGACAGUGAACUGACCUACCCUGCCCUUGUGGUCAAGAGACUUUCACUGGGCGAGGGAUCUCUGUUUCCCUCUGAGCCCAAGAAGGAGAGCAUGGCUGAGGUCAGUCUGAUAUGCGAGGAAGACUUGUUGGACACCAUUUUUCAGGCCUGUGACACACAAUGCAGAGGUAAGGUUUAUGUAUCGCACAUUGUGGACUUCUUAAGACACACCACCUCCCGCAGUUCAGAGGACAGCGGCCUAGAGGAGCUCUGCAAUAUGCUGGACCCAGAGCACAAGGACAUCUCCAUAGACCUGGACACGUACCAUGCCAUCAUGAAGGAGUGGAUUGAUGACUGUCGCAACCAGGGGACUGACUCAAAGAAUGACACCCAACAGGAAUCAUUUAAACUACGGGACAGUUUAUCAGCAAGGAGAUCUGCUCUACUGAAUAUGACCUCAGGUAGUCUAGAAGCAUUUGGAGGGGAAGCCUCCAGAGCUGACCUGGAGACAUCAGAUCUAGUCUUCUGUGUGGCAGAUCUGCAACUAAAUAACCAAAAACUGCAGGAAGAGGUUCGUAAACUGAAGCAGGCAGUUGAAAACAUGGAAGACACCAACCAGAAACUCAUCGAGGAAAAUGAAGACUUAAAAACACAAGCUAAAAUGGGGCAGCAGUUAUUACAGAAGGAGAAGAUGCUUAAAGAGGAAGUUGAAGAGAUGAAGCUCAGCCUGACCUCUUCAGAAGAGAGUCGAGCUCAGGCCUCAGCUCAAAGAAGACAGAUGGAACGGGAAAACCAGAGUCUCAUAUCCAAGAUUGCUGAUCUACAAGAGGAAAACAUGAAAGUCACACUGGAGGCAGAGGAGAUUCAUAAAAAGAUGAGUGACCUCUGUGACCUGAAUGCUGACCUUCAGGUCCAAGUUCAUUCAUUUGAUGGUAUUUUGGCUGACAAGGAGUCGAUACUUCAGGAGAAAAAUAAGCAGAUAGAUGAACUGAAGGUGGCCAUUGUGGAGUAUUCCUCAGUUACAGAGCUGCUGAGGGCAGACAAAAACAAACUGGAGAGUCAAAUGCAGAUGAUGCAGCCUGAUAUGACAAUCCCGGGUCUCUCUCUCUCUGUGGCCUACAGGCUCAAUCAGAUGAGUUCAGGCUCUCUUCAGACAGAGUUAGCACUGGCACAGAAUCCCCUGGAGGGUUUGGAGCAUCUGUCGUCCUCUGUUUGUUUUGCAUCUUCUCUGGAUGAGACUCUAGAUCGUGAGGUUCUUCUGCUCCUCCAAGGCCCGACUCCGGAGCAGCUGUCUCUGGAGUUCAAAACACUGUCUACGAGACUGAAGAGGGAGUUUAAGGAAGUCGGCGUGACCUUUCUCACAGCAUUCAGAGGCCUUACGGGGAACAGUGAAACUCAAGAGGCCAACAAUGACCUCAAGAUACAGGGCCUGGAAGUGCAGCUUGACCAGAGGACGAGUGACUGGACCCACAGUCUGGAGCAGUUGGACCAGUACACAGACUCUCUAGAGAGGGAGCUUCUGAAGAUGGCCAGCAACAUGCGACGUUCUCGUACUGAGAUCCUGCAUCUGUCUGUCAAGGUACAAGAACAAGAGAACCAGAAGCAGCAGUUGCGAGAGGAACUUGACCGAUUAAAGGCUCCACUGGACAGCAGAGAGGCCAGCAGCCAAACACCGGAUCACCUACAGCAGGUUGUGGAAGAGCUGGAUGGCCCCUCUCUUGAAUGGGAUGAGGAAUAUGUGUUGUCUGAGUCACCUUUACAAGAACUCGGACCUGACCAGGAAAUACUCUGUUGUGAUAAAGAGGCCCUUAAGCGGGAGGAAGAAGAGGAGGAGCACACAGAGUCUGUUAGGGACAAGGAGAACAUCACGGUGAGGCCUGAGAAAGAAGGUGAAGUAACACAGGAUUCUGGAGUAGAAACCGAAGAGCUACAAAGAGACUUCACAACUUCUCAGACGAUUCUACCAGACGACAGCACUGACGGCGAAUCGCAAGAAACUCCAUUAAAGGGUGUGGGAGGAAUACAGAGGCCUUGCACGUCUCUAAAGGAGGAAGACAGACUCCCAGAGUGCACUGGGCCCGAGGACGCCCACGGACAGGCUGCUCCUCUGCCUCACACCCACAGUCAGUGUGUUGAUGACCCGUCUUUGAGCUCCGAGACAUUCCAUGCACAGGUGACCUCAGUCAAAAAUGUAAUUUCAUCUAUUGAACUUUCCUCUUUUGUGACCUCUGAGAUGGUAUCUGUCUCCACGGGCCAGCCUGAUUGUGGUGAUUCCAAUACGGGAAGGACCCAGCAUUCUGCAGCCACUAACGGAGAACGUGCGGCCGCCACAGCCGACAUGAGUGACUCACAGAGACUGAGCGAGGGACAGCUUUCUAAAGUGUCUGCAAAAUCGGACAAAAAUCUUUUAUUGCCAGUAGCAGAGGAAGAGGAGGCCAUGCCAGAGGCAGUGGAGGUGACAUCAACUGGGGUUAACUCACCAGACAGUAAAAGGACAGUGGUCACAUCUGAUUUAAACUCAACGGCCUCACCUGACUCAUCAAAGGGUCCUUCUGAAAAACCAAAAGACAUGACCUUUGGAUCCACUGCCAGUGAAGGAAAAGACCCCUUGACUCUAAGGAACAAGCUCAAGAAGGAAUUGAGCAGUAUGGAAGCCAUUGAUGAACAAAAAGCUCAGGAGGAUGGUGAGCCUUCAGUGGCAACAGAAAAAGGUGACACAUCUGUCAUCUCUGAAAAUGCAAGCGAUUCCACCAAAGAUGACAAGAACAGCCUGUUGCCAAGUGAAAAAGAAAUUGAGGCGGAGUUCCACCGUCUCUCUCUGGGCUUCAAAUGUGACAUCUUCACCCUGGAGAAGAGGCUACGCCUGGAGGAACGCUCACGAGACCUGGCCGAGGAGAAUGUCCGCAAGGAAGUAAACGGCUGUAAAGGUCUACUGCAGGCCCUGAUCCCACGGUGUGAGGAGGAUAACCAGUCCAUGGAGAUCAUUCAUCGUCUGCAGAAGAACCUUGAGAUCCUCAUCCAAUCCAUGACCAGAGUGUCAAGCCGUUCAGAGAUGCUUGGGGCCAUUCAUCAGGAGACCAGAGUGGGUAAAACGGUGGAGGUGAUGAUUCAGCAUGUGGAGAAUUUGAGGAGGAUGUACACCAAGGAGCACGCAGAGCUGCUGGAGCUCAGGGAGAACCUCACGCCGAACGAGAGGCCAUUUGGGUCCUCUGAGAGGGAUGAUUUUAGAAACAAGAAGCAGUCAGCCUCAAACAUGUUCAAAACCACUAGCAGACGCAUCAGUAUAGCUACCAUUCCCCGCAACGUGGGAGGACAGGCUCAUUUUGACAUGCCCAAAGACAUGGCAGAGACUGAGGUUGAGAGACUUUCUCGUCGGUCACCAUGGAUCAUGACAGCCAAGAGGCCACCUCUAAAGCGCUUCGUUAGCUCUGGUACUUGGGCCGACAUUGACGAGCCCAGUCUGAUGAAUAGGUAUGGAUAUGAAACUGACUCUCACUCGGAGGAGGAGCAGAAAGAGGAACAAGCGGACAGAAGGUCUAGCCUAACAGAACUAGGCAUCAAAAUCACCUCCUUCAUAAUGCCAACUAAGACUCCAAGCCCCAGCCCAACAGAUCACACUCCACCCAGUUUGAUAGAGGGGCGACCAGCAGUGUCCAGAGGCACCAGGGGCAUUUGGAUUUGGGUGGCCUUGUUUGUAGUGCUAGCUGUUCUGCUAGCCCUAUUGGCAAGCCUAAUGUUACAGCCUGCAGUAGAUGCUGCACCUGUGGGCACCGGGGACUCCUGGAUGACCAUCCAGCAGCUUCUGUGGCCCUAUACUGGGCUGAGGCACAACGCCCAGCCCCCUGUGUGACACCUGGGCAUCUGCAAGGAUGGAGUAGCCGGUCCUGACAUUCAGAAACUCCUCCGGCUACACUAGCUGUGAUGCAACACUGCUGCCUGUCCUAUUAAAAGAACUCUUUGUGACCAUUUCUUACUGACGGUAAAGAGAAAUGUGGGCGUCUUGAGAGAGAUGCGCUGAAAACUGUAGACUGCUUGGAUGCUGUGCACACAAACCGUUGUGUUGGCCACGUAUGUUGUAGGCAUUUAUAUGAGAUACUCAGUGCCAGCCAAUCACAGAGUGAGAUGAGCAGAUUGCAACAGUGUGAAUGUCGAACAUCAUAUA